AUUAAUUCCGCGAGGCCAGACAUUUUAAGAAUUUCUUCAUGUAGUUACAAACCAGCAGGAGAGUUUCGUUGUGAUCGUUGUACUAAGUCGAAACUCCGUACAAAAACCAGUGUUACUUUUGUGGGUGAACACCUCCAGAGGUAUCAUAAUUUUCUUCAGCUAUGACAUCAACUAGAAUGCUAACACGCAGAGACUCCUAUAAACAGACGGACGCCAAGUUUGCGUUGUUGGGGGCAAGGAACGUGGGUAAAUCUGGUAGGUUGCUCUCUAACUUUGAGACAAAUUAUACAGAAUUUAUCGCUUUUAGUAGAAUGCAUCAACCUGAAAAGAACGGGUACCCUUUCCUCAAAUUGCGUCUUCUCUUGGAACGAGAGAUCAAAAUGAGCGCCUGAACCGGCCAAAACUCAAGUUCGUUCAAGGAGUAUGAGAUGCUCCUCCUCAAAUUCGAGUUUAAACUCGAAGAUAUACUUAUUCAUAGCUGUGUAGCCGUCCACAGGACAUAACCAUCCACUGAAAGUAUGAGGCGAACCUGGAUGGUGCGCAUUUAUAAGAUUAGGGGUAAAAUCUGCAGCCUCAAAACUUUGACAAACACGUAUAUAGACUGUUAUGGUUCCAUCACCUCUGCAACAUAUGUUAGGAAGAGUUGUAAGGCCUACAAGGUUAACUUCCUGAGGAUCAUUUUUCACUGGGAAAAUCACCUGUACAUCUCUUCUAAUAUAUAUCAAAACUACAGCGGACUAAACUGCAACGGUGUUACAGAAAAAAGGUGUUACAAUACGGUUUAAUCAAGUUACGCAACUUGAAAAAAAAGAGCUAACGAGUACCUACAACGUUAGUGCUUCCGAAACAGGUUGUUUUCGAUGGACUUUGGGUUCAUAGGGCCAGAUUCGACUAAAAGUUUAUAAAUUAAUAUACGAAUGUACGCGCACAUUUUGAAAUACAGAUGUUCAUAGCGUAUUAUCUGAGUAAUCCUUAAGACUUUAGCGACAUCGAUGUUUACAUCAUCUGCCCAAAAUUGAAAUUGAUUAAGUGAACAAUCUAAAUCAACGGAACAGGAAAUAAAUAAUUAUAAUUGUCGUCUUUCAAUCAGUGAUCUAAUGUACUUAUUUAAACGGGACAGAAAAUUGAGAUUAAUAAGGAUUCAGAGUUUGAGGUUCAAACUAACAAUUAAAUGUUUUCAACCGUGGCUCAUACAUAAAACUAAGAUGAAAAUAAUAAAACUUGAAAAUAUUUCCAGCAAAAGUUUCGAGUUAAAGAUAUCAAGAUUCCUAUAUCAGGAUAGAGUUUGACAGAAUCACGUUUUCGGGUCAAAUUGAGCUAGUCAUUGAUGAUUCAGAUCUGCAUUACUUCGAAAGAAAAGAGUUUGUUUAAUCAACCUCUAAGUUUUAAAUUGUGUAAUGACAUAUUUGAUAGACAUAAGAUGUACGAGUUUACACUGUGGAAAAAACUCAUUAGUUUUACCCAGCCUUCUGCAAACAAACCGUUUUUACCAUAUUCCAUUAGAGCCAUGAAUAGUUACAGUGUGAAGAUGAGGUAUGGAUUUCACAAUUGCGUGAAAAUUACGUUCCACAUUUGAUUGUCCUUCUAUCACUUUGUGCGAGAAAAUUGAAGUUAUUAUUGAAACAUUAUUGAAAAAGGCAAAAACGGCAUUAAAUCUAAGGAGAACUAAAAGGUGAAAAGGGCUUCCAACCAUGAAUAUUUCAAUAACAUGUCGGAAGUUGAUUUUUUACAUUUCGCUUAAAUUGAAAAUAUAAUUUUCUUACAGUGAUAAAUACACAGAGCAUGUGAAGCACAGUCAAAAUUUGCACAGGCGUUUUUUAAAGGUUUAAAACACAGCAAAUUGAAAAGAGGAAACAAUGGCUGUUUAUCUCUAGCGAAAUAAGCAAAAGAAAAGAGUUGAAUAAAUUAGUUUAAUCAUGCUUUUAAAAGUGAAUUACUGACAAAGCACUUAGGACAAAUUAGGCUCAAAGAUUACAAGGCCGUCGCCAUAAAGAGCAGAGUAAAAAGAGUAGGGUUCAUUCAUCGAACUUCGAACCUUUCUUGCUACGUAAUCAAUAACGGGUCUCCUAAAGCUUGCUUCUGAUAAAAUAGGAAUGUAAAAUAUGAUUUUUGUUCGUACUUAGCAAUUUUUGUUAAUCAGUGCGCUAAUUAGAGGGGAGCUUACUCUAGCAAAACAUUUUAAUCUUGUGCCUUGAAGUAAAUGAUUUAGCAUAUCUCGGUCAUCUUGGCAAAUUGGUGAACUGAUAAGUCAUUUCCAAAAUGCCCAAGCCUUUUAUUGAAAACGAGGGUAAAAGUGGUCUCAAUUAAGAAAAUUAAAGAAAUUUUUCACAGGAAAAGUUUUCCCUUUGGACUCUUUUAAAAUGUGAUCUGGAUGAGAUUUUAGAAAUCAAAAUAGGGCUAUUCAAGACAAACAGAGGGUGAAUACGUAAAGAAACAACUCAGCUCUUCGUUUAAUUUUAUAGCAGGAUGUCAUUAACAUCAAACUGCUGAAAAGUCAUCAUGUAAAAAAUUUAAAAAUUGAAAAAGCUGUGGACACUUCAUCAAACACGUACACAACAUUCUAAGCUUCCCGUAACUCGGUAAAACGUGAAUUUAAUGUAAGAUUUUGUUUUUGGUUUUGUUUUUUAUCUUUCUUUUCAAAUCAUGACUGUUUGUCUUCUUGCUUUAUCUGUGAAGUAAUUCAUACACUUUAUUCGAUGGUUUAACAUCAUCGUAAGGAUGGCCAGCUUCAAGGUACCCCAGCGAACGUCUUCAGUAGCCCUUUGACCCUUUGUGUGAUCAGUGCUUAAAUUGUUCUUACAACAUUAAGACAGUGUCAACCAGACAGGUAAUGAAAAUUCCUCGAGCUAAGCCGGUUGUGACUUUUAUUGGAUCAGCACAGUAAUCAAUAGCUGUGGCAUCUCAGCCGUUUGGUUUCACAUGCAAGUGUUCUUGUUUCUUUUUGUUCCUUUUGGUGUUUGGCUGUGUUUUUGUUUCGUUUCGCUUUGUUUACUACAUUUUUGCUGUCGUUGUUGUUGUUGUUGUUGUUUUUUUUUUCUUUUGCUGAUUUAUAAGUUACUUAGAACGUUUUCUCCCAACUGAGAGCGUUUUCUGCCGUUUAUUUUGACUGGUUCUUGCCCCUAGUAUAAGUGUAUUCAUAAAGCAUAGUCCGCCAGUGACCUUUGGUGGAUCGACCCUGAUCAGAUCAUGAACUGAACCCAAAAACCAAGGGAACUUGACCGUAUCUGUACGUUAACUGAAUCAGUUCAAUCUAAUUAAGUGGAAGCACGCGGCAAACUGACAAUAAGUAGCUUUAAUUCUAUCGACGGAAAUCUGGACCAUUAAAAAAUUUUGCUUUACUUAGCUUUGGAUUAUAACACCCUAAUUAUUAAAGCCGCAUUUACACAAGAGAGAUUUCCCUGACUGUAUAGAGGAGACAAGUGGCAAUCUUUCCUCCUCCUGUCUUCCAUGCGAGACUUUGAACAAGGACACUUGUCAGGAAAAAAGAGAACUUUUCAAAGAUUCAUUAUACCAGUGUGAAUAACUUUAAAAGGGAAUUCGCCAAGAAAGCGUGAUAAGGGUUUAAGGUAUAUGCUCCUACAAGUUUUCCCGGCCAAGUAGCUAUAACAAGUUGUUUUUGCUUUAGCACGCACAAGGAUUAAAAUUUUACUUUGAAAAGUAUACCAGCUAUGGAAUACUCGCUGAUGUAAAUGCGGUUUAAGUAACUAUUUACACUUUCUCAAGUACAUCAAACCCUGUUUUGUUGUGAUUGUUUUCUUCGACAGCAAUCGCAGUAAGAUUCCUCACGAAACGUUUUAUCGGCGAGUAUGACUCAUCCCAGGGUAAGUUUGCCACAUCCCUAAGAGUGAUUUACAUCUCAUUUCUCCUUACAAUAAUACCCCGAAAUCAAGCAUUAAGGCCACAAGAAUAAGGCAAAUGAUCAACAACUAACAAAGCUCUUGAUUGUUUCACAAAUUCUUCUGUCAGUACAUUAGGAAAUGUACAAAGAGCAGUAUGGAGAAUCUACAUACUGAUGCUAGGGUGUAAACGGUUGUUACCCGUUAUCGUCCCUUCUUGGAUUACUCCAUUCCAAUUUGCUGUAAUUGAAUUGUCUAAGUGAACAUUUCACAGUUCAAAUGGUAAUUCUGCUCUUCGUAACAAGAGUGAAAGUAUCGUGAUGCUGCGCCCAUAAACUUCUUAGUAUAAGUGGAUCUGUCGCAGACCUCCUCCUGUGACUCAGCUGACCUGCUCCAGUUUGAGGUUGAACAGGCGAUAUGUUCCUACCAGCGGUCCUCAAAGUUCAAACCCUAACGAUGUCAUACAAGUCGCAGAUGUACACCCUCUGAGUCGAGCUCUCAUUAUUAAGAAAAGACGUUUUAGGGUCAUGUAACUAAUGGAAGCUUACCACAGUAAUAGACGUCGAUCGUCUAGUUUCCUUCUUCAUAAAUCUUUACAUAAACCGUCUUCUCUGUUACAAAGCCCUUGAGGACUUAUAAUCUAUAUCUUCUAAAAGUUGUUACAUUUCUUUCUUUUUUCUUGCAAAAUGCAGACUCUACGUAUCAGUUCAAUUCGACUAUUGACGAAGAGCAGGUUAACUUGGAGAUUAUAGACCCAGGUCCAGAGGUUGGUUUCGGUCAAAGCCAUUAUUCUUUACGCACGACAAUCCAAAAUUGCAUAGGGUUUUCUUUAUUUUGCUCUGAGAUUGGUCUAAAAAGCUCGCUCAACUCCCUCAGCCAAUCAGAUGCAAAACAAAAAUCAAUUCUCGGCAUGGUCCUACGCUUCAACUGAAGCAACCUGCUUGCUUCAACCCAGAGUUCCCCUCGGCCUCUCGUGAUGUUUCCUUAGCUCCAAUUAACUGUUGCGAUUACGUUACUUUUGGUUUCACAACAGCUCUAGGCUCAAGCUGACACAAAAAGUGCUAUCCACUUUUAAAAAAACGCAUUAGAAAAACGAACGCUUUUUUUUUGGCGUUGGAAGUCACGAGCUGUUUCAGACUUUUAAACAGGACACCCUAACAUGUACCUUUGUAAUCUUCGCCGUUUUUCUUUUUCAGUCAAGAAACGAACAAACUGUGGGAAGUCGAGCGAUCUGGGCCGACGGUUUGAUCCUCGUCUACUCAAUAACCGAUCGGAAAAGCUUCGAGGAAAUACAACACCUCCAUAAUCUCAUUGAUCCUUUUAAGCAGAAAACAGUCGUCAUCAUCUUCGGCAAUAAAUCGGAUCUCGAACACAAACGACAAGUACCCGAAAAAGAAGCCGCCUCACUUGCAGAAAAAUUACAAUGCUCGUUCUUUGAAGGUUCGGCAUCCGAAGGACAUACGAAGAUCUCUGAGGCAUUUCACGAGCUCUACAAAGAGGUCGCCAAGAGGAAAAAAGAAAGAAAGGUGUCUCUUUCACCUCGCCCCUUACGAAAUGCUCUUGGAAAAGUUUUCCGAAGAAACAGCAGUAAAAACUUGCUACUGUCUCCUUCAGGUGCACUCAUUACAUAGCAAUAUCUCAAUUUGACCUUUAACCUCCCAGGAUCUGUUUUGUAAUUUGCCCUUACAACUGCCAGACUUAAUUACAAAUCAAUAAAGGAGGUAAGAU